GCUAUACCCAUAUUCUGGCUUUCGAUCUCGGCUCGUUAUCUGUCCGAGCGGCCUCGGCCUCGUUAUUAGUCAUCAACAUCUCACUUCUUCUCCUUCCAGGUAAUCUCAUUCCACAUUGUACCUUGUCCUCUUUGCAAAUAUAUAGGCGCUAUAAGUACCGUACGGUGCAGAUACUCGUGCUUCCAGAGGGGCUUUAAGAUAAUCUCAUCUUUUGAGCAACAGACUAUUCACUGCACGCCUUAAAGAACAUUGGGUGCGCUAUGGCUGAAGAAGAGAUCAUUUUCCCUCCCCGGCCUUUGUUCAUGGUUGAUCGAGGUUGGCAACGAAGCAGGAAGAAGACCCGGUCGAAUCCUCGAUCUAUUCGGGGUGACGUUCAGUCGAUUCAUGUUCCUGAGAGAACAGUCAAGGCCACAGAAGAUUCAUCUGCAAUCGAGACAAUGUCAAUCAACCGCAACGGUCCCCAGAACCCACAACACAACAAAACUCGGCCACUGCCCGGCACGAAUUUUCUGCAUUACGAGCCUGCAGAAACGAGGAAGGCACGACACAGAAAGCGAAUAGGGCGGCCCAAGGAAGGGAACACAAGGCCGGCCGCGAUGUCAGAUCUACCUCAGGCCGCAACAAGUGUUGCGCCAUCAGGCCGGACGCCAGCAUCAGAAAACCUGUGGACUUUUGGCAGUCUUGUUCCGGGCAGCGCCACUUCACUUUACACGAUCAUUGAUCCUGAAGCGACCGCUUUUCAAGGGUUUGCUCAUGACUACCCGACCCGCAUCGCCUCGGGCAUGUUUCCGAUCAGCAAGUAUGUUUUGUUCGAGUCAAAUCCAAUAGCAGAGAUCUGGUACCCAGCAGCUAUCGCAGACGACCUUCUCCUACACGUUAUCCUCUUUUCCACCGCCCUCAAAGCUCACAUCAAUUCCGAGUAUCGUACCUUUCCUGAUUCGGAGACCCUCCUCAAAGUCAUUCUUGACCGUCUCAACAAUCGGAUGCGGCAUGGCGAGUACUCGGAUGAGACCAUUGGUGCUGUCUCAUGCAUGGCACUUUGUGAGAACGCCCUGGGUAAUCACAGCAAAUGGUCAAUGCAUACGGUAGGAAUGUCAGAGAUGAUCCGUGCCAGGGGUGGUCUUUCGUCGAUUCGUACCGCUAUGCAGACAAAGAUCUAUCGAGCCAGCAUCGUUGGUGCAGUGGACUGCCUCUCUCGACCUUGUUUGUCUCGCCUGACAAGAACAACGAAGCCUUUGUAUCAAAGUGUCGGAAUGGGAUUACCGAAAUCGAAUCUAGCAGCCGCGCUGGAUCGGAUUGAUUCAAAGGCCCCAUUUUUCGAUGCCAUGAUUGACCUCUCCUUCUUCACUCAAGCGCUGAACUAUUCAGUGGAAAACCAGGUCACUCUAGACCCCAGGGCGUACGAGGAGGAUAUGUCCUGCAUCGCAUAUGAUCUGCUCUGCCUCUCGAGACUCAAAGGCAUUGCACGGGCCUGCCAGCUUGCAGCUCUCGUCCUCAUGCAGAUCGUGAUGACAGACAGAGCUCUCGGCAAAAGGUCCUCCACAUUGAUAUCGGGAGAACUCCGACAGUCACUUCGCGAUCUCGAAGCCGACGAUGUGCCCACUACUUUAGUCUUUUGGGUUCUCUUCUUAGGUGGGCUAGCUUCCUUCGAGACCAAGGACGUAAGAUGGUAUCGAUUCCGGCUAAGGAGAUUGGCAAGACACAGUAACAUUGUCAGUUGGGACGCAGCAAAGAGUGUGCUACGACAAACUAUGUGGAUUGAUUGCCUCCAAGAUUCCCAUGGCAAGAAAUUGUGGGAUGAAGUCAUUGAAUCUAUGUCAACGUCGUCUGACUAGUCUCACAACUUCGGAACCAGGUCGUCAAAAUCUGUGCCAUCAAGGAACAUAUUGAUGUGCGUUGCAUACAGUUCCGCAAAUUGCCACAGGAAGCCAUGCCCAGCACGAGGGUAGAUUAUCAACUGUGCGUUGGGGAUCUGUGUCAUGAGUUCCCAGCUCCGACUCGAGGGGAUCAGGACGUCGUUAUCACCAUUCGCCACCAGUACUGGCAUCUUGAGCUCGUUCAGCCUGUCGAAUGACCCGCUUGGACUCGCCGUGAAAGCGUGAACAGCCGCCGCAUACU